ACUGCAAAUGGUUGAUGGACUUGUGAUGUGCUUUUUGUAGAAAAAAAAUUUGUUAAACCCAUUUUUACACUCUAAAACCACUUCUCUGAUGUGAUAAACAUUAUAUUUUUGCUGCGACGUGCGAGAAAUUUAAAUUUUGUGACUCUAGGGGUCAUUCACACCGAGUCAAAUUUUCAACCUCAAGUUCGGACUUACAAAAAAAUAUAACUUUGGUGGAUUGCUGAUAAACUUGUAAUAGAUUUGUUCUGAAGCUGAGAAGAUGACGACGUCUUCGGAGGACGUCUUGCUCAGCGUGGGCCAUGUGCGGUUUAAGAAGGGGGAUGGUACAUUAUAUGUUAUGAACCAAAGAUUGGCAUGGAUGCUGGAGAAUCGGGAUACAGUAGCCGUAUCUCACAAAUAUGCUGAUAUUAAAACACAAAAAAUAUCACCGGCUGGCAAACCAAAAGUUCAAUUACAAGUAGUGCUGCACGACGGGACAUGUUCGACGUUCCACUUCGUGAACCCGGCGGGUGCUGAGGCUCAGGCCAAAGACAGGGACCAGGUCAAGAUGCUAUUGCAGAACUUGCUGCCGAAGUUUAAGAGGCAAAUUGAUGGAGAGCUGGAAAUGAAAUCUAGGUUAUUAUCCCUACACCCUACCCUGAAGCAUUUAUACGAGGAUCUGGUCAUAUCAAAAGUGAUAAAUAGCGAAGAAUAUUGGAACACACCUACAUUAAAAAACUAUACAGAAUCAAAUAACAUUAAGCAGGAAGCUGGAGUGUCAGGCGCGUUCCUUGCUGACAUACAGCCUCAAACCGACGGCUGCAACGGCCUGAAAUACAACCUGACGCAGGACGUCAUCGACGCGAUAUUCAAGACGUACCCCGCCGUGCGCAAGAAACACGGCGACUACGUGCCCAAGAAGAUGACCGAGGCCGAGUUCUGGACUAAGUUCUUCCAGUCGCAUUACUUCCACAGGGACCGCAUCGCCUCAUCAUCGAGUAAAGAUCUGUUCGGUGAAUGUGCCAAAAUGGACGACCAAGCGAUUGCGUCCGCCAUGAAACACACCACACUGGAUCUCACGGUGGACAUACCGUCGUUCACGGAACCUCAGCCGCUGGCGGACGACGAGCCGCCGGAGCCGAAGGGCGACUCCACGUCCAUCCACCGCAACAUGAUCAAGCGGUUCAACCAACACUCCAUCAUGGUGCUCAAAGCUAGUCAUAAAACAAAUAAUAGUAAUAACAGUAGCAGUAGUAGUAACAGUAACAAAACGACAAACAACAACAACAAAACGGAAAACGGCGUCGUCGGCAACGGAGUUGAGAAACGCGCUGCCGAGACCAAACCCGACGCGCCGCCGGAUAAAAAGCGGAGGAUAAUGGAGCAGAUACAUUACGAGGAUUUAGAAGCGGGAAACGAUAAUGGGGAGACGCAGGAGUUGAAACUGUCUAAGGUGGAACGAUAUCUCCUCGGUCCUUCGUCGCAGGUGCACCAGAGCGGGCCUAACACGAAUCCCCCGCCAUUAUCAGCGCUAGCGUCGAUAUGUCAGGCGUGGAGCAGCGGGCAGCAGUGCUCGCGGCCGGCGCGCGUGUCGGCGGCGGCGGCGGUGGCGGCGCUCGGCGAGCUCAGUCCCGGCGGCGCGCUCAUGCGGCACCACCACGCCGCCAGCAUGGCGCGUGAGUACACAGCCGUCUGUGCUGUACCCCAGGCGUGUCGGCGGGGCGAGCUCAGUCCCGGCGGCGCGCUCAUGCGGCACCACCACGCCGCCAGCAUGGCGCGUGAGUACCUGUGUACAGACGGCUGUCCGUCUGUGCUGCACCCCAGGCGUGUCGGCGGCGGCGAACUAAUACCUCCCGACGUGGCGAGCGAACUCCAACGCAUCUACUUGUCCGGCGGGGAGUUGCUGCGCGAGCUGUGGCGCUGCUUCCCCGCGCCCGCCGCCGCCGGCGCCGACGCCGACGACAACGUGGCCAAGGCCGACAAGUUCUACGAGGCGCUGCUGAGGUUCCGGAACGUCAAGCUGCGCCCGUUCGAGGUGAGCGACCUGUCUGUUGCUUGUGACGUCGCCGGCGCCGACGCCGACGACAACGUGGCCAAGGCCGACAAGUUCUACGAGGCGCUGCUGAGGUUCCGGAACGUCAAGCUGCGCCCGUUCGAGGUGAGCGACCUGUCUGUUGCUUGUGACGUCGCCGGCGCCGACGCCGACGACAACGUGGCCAAGGCCGACAAGUUCUACGAGGCGCUGCUGAGGUUCCGGAACGUCAAGCUGCGCCCGUUCGAGGAAAAGAUGCUUCGCGACCUCACACCGCUAGCGACAUCUCUGACCAGACACAUGAACCAGAUGAUCGACGCCGCCUGCGCCAAGUACGCCAUGUGGCAGCAGCGCCAGGCCAAGCUGCGGUAGUACACGCUAAGUAAGACUGAUGACUUUUCAUAAAAUUCAUUAAUAUUCUGUGAGGAGUACAGCUAAAUAAGCCGGUGAAACUCUCACACGUAGGACUGAUACAAUACUUUAAUACUGCGUGGCGUAACAAACGAGCGGCAAAAUGCUCACCCGUAACUUUGAUUCGUGACAGUGUGAGGAGUUUAGUACAGUUAAAUUAGCGGGCAAACUAACCCGUAGGAAUGAAAAAAUAUAAUUGUAAGGAGUGCAGCUAAGGCGGCAAAAUGCUCACCCUUUAGACUUAUUCGUAAAUACUAUGUGGGGAGUACAGCUAAUUAAAGUAGCGAAAUGCUCACCCGUAGUCGGAGAAGUGAUGG